AUUUUCGGAGGGAGAAGAGCUGCAGCAACAGCAGGACUCGUUCGCUCUCCCUUCUCUGUAAUGGCGUCUGGUGGAGGAGUAGGAAACGCAGCAGCAGCAACAGCAGCAGCAGUGGAAUGGCAUCAGAGGCCUCCAAACCCUAAAAACCCAAUCGUCUUCUUCGAUGUUACCAUCGGAAACAUCCCAGCCGGUCGAAUCAAGAUGGAGCUCUUUGCUGAUAUCACCCCCAAAAGCGCUGAGAAUUUCAGGCAGUUCUGCACUGGUGAGUACAGGUAGGUGGACACUCAUCUUCAGCAAGCUAAAAGCUGGAAUACCGAUUGGUUACAAAGGAUGCCAAUUUCAUAGGGUGAUUAAAGAUUUUAUGAUCCAGGCUGGUGAUUUUGUGAAGGGUGAUGGUAGCGGAUGUGUAUGCAUCUACGGAAGUAAGUUUGAAGACGAGAACUUCAUAGCAAAGCACACCGGUCCUGGUCUAUUAUCCAUGGCGAAUAGUGGACCAAAUACGAAUGGAUCUCAGUUCUUUAUAACAUGCUCGAAAUGCGAUUGGCUCGACAACAAACAUGUAGUUUUUGGGAGAGUUCUUGGAGAAGGUCUCUUGGUCGUGAGGAAGAUCGAGAACGUAGCUACUGGGCCAAACAAUAGGCCGAAGCUUGCAUGCGUGAUAGCAGAAUGUGGAGAAAUGUAAGACCCAAAAUUUUGUAUCAUAUACUAUUUUCAGAGCUUCCUCUGAAAUAUUAUUAUAAAUCUACAUCUAGCACAGUUAGGAUUGUUUGGUCAUCGUGAUUUUUGGUCUAUACUCCAUCUGCAAUGGGACCCCUCAUUUUGAUGGUCUGGAUUGAA